UUAAAAGAUGAAUUUCAAAAAGGUCAAUGUUCCCCAGAUGCCUAGUGGGAGUGGGGCAUCCAAGCUAAUUUCCUUUGGGGCUAUCGCUGGGCUUACUAUAUACGGACUUAGUAACAGUCUCUACAAUGUUGACGGAGGGCACCGCGCCAUUGUUUUCAACCGCCUCUUGGGGGUCAAGGAUAAGGUCUAUCCUGAAGGGACACACAUACUGGCCCCAUGGUUCGAAAGACCAGUAAUCUAUGAUGUCAGGGCACGACCUCAUCUUGUGGAGAGCACAUCAGGAAGUCGUGACCUUCAGAUGGUCAAAAUUGGUCUCCGAGUUCUCACCCGUCCAGUUGCUGAUCAGUUACCAACUAUUUACCGAACCCUUGGUGAAAAUUACAAUGAGAGGGUCCUACCUUCAAUUAUUCACGAGACUCUGAAAACUGUUGUUGCUCAAUACAAUGCUAGCCAGCUUAUCACCCAGAGAGAGAAUGUCAGUAGGGAAAUACGGAAAAUUUUAACAGAGAGAGCUGCCAACUUCAACAUGGCACUGGAUGAUGUGUCAAUUACCAGCCUGACCUUUGGAAGGGAAUUCACUGCAGCCAUAGAAGCUAAGCAGGUAGCUGCACAAGAAGCUGAGAGGGCCAAAUUUGUAGUUGAAAAGGCUGAGCAAGACAAACAAAGUGCUAUAAUCAGAGCACAGGGAGAAGCUAAGAGUGCUCAAUUGAUUGGUCAAGCCAUUUCCAACAACCCGGCGUUUAUCACACUGAGGAGAAUCGAAGCAUCCAAGGAAGUCUCACACACUGUUGCUGUUUCAACCAACAAGGUGUACUUGAACUCUGAUGAACUGUUGCUCAACCUUCACGACCUCAACCAAGAGCAAACCGCUAGGAAGUAAAUAACCCUCGAGAUGAUCGAGCUUCAUAUUUCGUUCCCACCAGGUCAUAUUAUAGGAGUCUCACUAGGGAUGCUAUUAACAAUUGGAUGUUCUCUUCUUCUACUCUGCAUCACGUUUUUGCAUCUGAUGCUUAAAUAAUGUAGUCUCUUACUGCUGUUCUUGGGGGUUUCCAGCUUUUGCCUGUGUUACUUCAGUUUGCAGUUUAGCUUCUCA